AUGGUGUUUCGUGAGAGGUAUAAUUAUGCAUUAAGUUGAACAUUUUGGUUUUGAACAGCAGGGUCUCCCACAAAGUCUUUUGUAAAAAAUGAAGAAAAUGAUAGCUCUUGGAUUUGAGGGUUCAGCCAACAAAAUUGGUGUUGGAGUUGUAACCUUAGAUGGCACUAUUCUGUCAAACCCACGCCACACUUACAUUACCCCUCCUGGCCAAGGCUUCCUUCCCCGAGAAACUGCCCAACACCAUCUGCAGCAUGUACUUCCACUUGUCAAAUCCGCUUUGGAAACUGCCCAAAUAACUCCGGAAGAAAUUGAUUGUCUCUGCUACACCAAGGGUCCUGGAAUGGGAGCCCCUCUUCAAGUUUCUGCUGUUGUUGUCCGGGUUCUUUCCCAGCUGUGGAAGAAGCCCAUUGUUGCCGUUAAUCACUGUGUUGCACAUAUUGAGAUGGGACGUAUUGUGACUGGAGCAGAUGAUCCUGUUGUGUUAUAUGUUAGUGGUGGGAAUACACAAGUAAUUGCAUAUAGUGAAGGGAGGUAUCGAAUCUUUGGAGAGACUAUCGAUAUUGCUGUUGGGAAUUGCUUAGACCGAUUUGCAAGAGUUUUAACACUCUCCAAUGAUCCAAGCCCUGGAUAUAACAUUGAGCAG